AUGGGUCUGGGCCGCCUCCUGCGCCGAGCGACGUCCUUCCUGCUGCAUCGAGACGCUCCUGCUGCAGCGCCUCCAAUACGCCACAGAAGCAGUGCGCAGGAGCAACUGGGCGUUGCAAUCGAAGAGCGCUUUGCGUGCAAAUCGUUUCUAUCGGACGCAGUGCCGGACAAGACGCUCGGAAAGAUCCUCAGACUCACCUUAAGAGCCCCCACGGGGUUCAAUACGCAGCCGUAUGCGUGUGUGCUCGUGCGUGAGCAGAAGGACCGCGACAAACUUGCCGAGGCUAUGAUGGGCGGUAACGCUCGCAAGGUCAAAGAGGCCCCGGUCGUUGCUGUUUUUGCAGCGGACUGCGAGCCAAGUAAGCGGAUUCCGCGUCUGCAAAAGCUCGCUCAUGAGAAUGGAGCCCCUGCAGACGUGGUGACCAACAUGCCCCACGUCGUGCGGCUCUUCUCGGGAGAAGGCGUGUUUGCUAGUUGUUUUCGAUCGGUCAUUGCGACGGCUGCGUCGCCGUUACUGCCUGCUCCGUCGAACGCGUCAACUGAAACCUGGGCGGUCAAGCAGACGACGUUUGCUGCUGCUACUUUCUUGUACGCAGCACAGCUGCACGGUCUUGCGACGUGUCCGAUGGAAGGGCUGGAUCAGAUCCGCGUGAGGAAUACGCUGGAUAUCCCGGACCGCUAUACCGUGCCGGUGGUAAUCGCCCUUGGUCAUCCGAACCCGGCGACACUGCCAGAGAAACCAUCUGCGCGACUGGACCCGACGGAGGUUUUCUUCGACGGUAGGUUUGGCGACUCCAGUGCGAAGAUUUUCUCCAACAAGUAA